GCGGGGAGCGAGGCGUUGCCAGGCUGCCCUGAGGAGCGAGCGGCCGCUGCUGCCGCCGCCAUGGGCUCCAGACUCAGGGAAAAUCCAGAGAAGGUAUUUGAAGUGUAUGUUGAAGUAACGCAUCUCAAGGCCAGCAGUUCAGAUCCUGAGGUGCGGAGGCAAUUCCCCGAGGACUACAACGACCAGGAAGUUCUGCAGACAUUGACCAAGUUUUGUUUCCCUUUCUAUGUGGACAGCCUUACAGUCAGCCAAGUUGGCCAGAACUUUACAUUUGUGCUCACUGACGUUGACAGCAAGCAGAGGUUUGGAUUCUGUCGCUUAUCUUCUGGGGCCAAGACUUGCUUCUGUAUCCUAAGCUAUUUACCUUGGUUCGAAGUUUUCUACAAGCUUCUGAACAUCUUAGCAGAAUACACAGCCAAAGGACAGGAUGGUCCGUGGAGGGAACUGCUGGAGACAUUAUUUAAUCUUCCACUCCCUGAGCCAGGCUCGGUCGUUCACCUCAGUGUGCAUUCGUACUUUACGACGCCUGACAACCGAGAGCUUCCCAGUAUACCUGAAAAUAGAAACCUGACAGAGUAUUUUGUAGCUGUAGAUGUCAACAACAUGCUCCAUCUUUAUGCCAGUAUGCUGUAUGAGCGACGUAUCCUCAUCUCCUGCAGCAAACUAAGCAGUUUAACGGCCUGCGUCCACGGCUCAGCAGCGAUGCUGUAUCCGAUGUAUUGGCAGCAUGUUUACAUUCCCGUCCUCCCUCCACAUCUAUUGGACUACUGCUGUGCCCCAAUGCCCUACCUCAUAGGAGUACAUUCAAGUUUAAUGGAGAAAGUCCGGAAUAUGGCCUUAGAAGAUGUGGUGAUACUAAACGUUGACAAUAAUACAUUGGAAACACCGUUUGAUGAUCUUCAAAGCCUUCCUAAUGAUGUGUUAUCAACACUAAAGAACAGACUAAAGAAAGUGUCAACAACCACAGGCAAUGGAGUCGCCCGGGCGUUUUUGAAGACUCAAGCGAUGUUGUUUGGCAGCUACAGAAAUGCUCUGAAGAUUGAACCUGAGGAACCAAUAACUUUUUGUGAAGACAUUUUUGUUUCACAUCGUUCCAGUGCCAUGAGGCAGUUCCUGCAGAAUGCCAUUCAGCUACAGCUUUUUAAACAGUUCAUUGAUGGGCGACUAGAUCUCUUGAAUUCAGGAAAAGGGUUCAGUGAUGAGUUUGAAGAAGAGAUAAACAAUAGUGAAUAUGCAGGUGGAAGUGACAAAUCCUAUCACCAGUGGCUGCUCACAGUGAAGAAAGGAAGUGGGGCUAUCCUAAACACCAUGAAGACCAAAGCAAACCCUGCCAUGAAGACCGUCUACAAGUUUGCGAAAGAUCACGCGAAAAUGGGAAUAAAGGAGGUGAAAAAUCGCUUGAAGCAAAAGGAGAUGGCAGAGAACGGCUACACGGCAGCAACAGAGGACAGCAGCCAGCAGAGGAGCGUGGCCUCACCUCUGCCAGAGAAGCGAGAGGGGAAGGAGCGAGGGGAGCGACGGCCCAUCACCGUGCACUUUGGACAGCCUGAGAGAACUCCGCCAACUCGCCCGCCUCCUCCAAAGAUCAGGCGUUCCACUCGGCCAGCCCGACCCCCGAGACCCCUGGUGGUGAAGAGACCGCGAGGCACCGCAUUACCAGCAGAAGCUCACAGACCGUCCGUGUCGAGCCCUGAACACGUGGUGAGGCCUACCCGGCACUAUACGGUCUUCCUUUCUGAGGAUUCCUCUGAUGAUGAGCUUCACCAUGAAGAGGACUCUGUGUUUGCCUUCACUGAAAACUUUCCCUUCUCCACUCCUUUUGAAUGGCUUCAACCGUACAAAACACUGAAGGAGUCUGAUGUCGCUGAUAGCGAAGCUGUGAGUCUGGGGAAGCCCUUCCCAAGCCUUGCUGUGUCCAGCAGGACUGUGGACGUCAACAUAUUGGAUGAGAUCUUCAGCAGCUUAAAGGUCACCUCACAGCACCAGCCGCUCAGCCAAGCGAAGAGCAUGGAGGACCUGAGGACCCCCAAAGAGGAGGGAGAGAUGGCAAACCCAUUUGGACAUCAGCGAAAAGGAAUGCCAUCAGCUGAGAAGAGCAAAACCAUGUCAUUGGGACUGCAUCACCCUCUGCCUCACAGCAAACUGUGGAGCAUGGGUCAGGACGACAUGGCUCUCGAUAUUAAAUCAGUCAAUAAUUCAUCGUUUGGUAGUUUGUACACGGAACCAGAUGGGGAGGGCUCAAGCAGGGACAUGUCACAGGCCACGUCAGACCUCAACAUCAGCAACAUCACCAUCCCCAGGCCUCAGGGGAGGAAGUCUGCGGAAAAGGGAAUUGUUCUUCCACCUCCGCUGCCUGCUUCUCGAGGAGUCAAGCAGCAGACAUUUGCCGGGACGAAUCAAGCUUCGACAGUGUUACAGGACGGCUGUGAGCUGGACACAGCCACCCCCAGCGCUGAACUGGCUUCUGAAAUGUUACAAGAGUCGUUCAGAACUGAAAAGAACCUCGAAGGGUCAGACCUGAGACAGUCACAGAAUUCCUCACCUCAGCCUUCAGCGAGUUCUUGCUGUGCUGAUAUCCUAAAACCCAUCAGGGUCAGUGCAGAGACCGGCAGCAGAAAUGAUCUCUUGAGUCUUUUGGAUCCACUAAGUGCCAGUCCCAGCCUUGACAGCGGCCAGUCUUCAGCACCGAGUGGGUCAUUAGCACUUGGGCAACCUUUGUCUACUGCACCUGUUGCUUACUCUUCAUCGCGAGUGGAACUUGGAAUAAAUACGCCUUCGCCAUCCUUACCAUUCAGCCCAAACCUCACGUACUCCAAAUCCAGCCCAGGAUCAGUGGUUCAGUUUCCACAUCCAACAUCCUACCCAUUCUCUCAGGCAAUUCCAGCAGUUCUUCAGUUUCCCCAGAACCAGCCCUCUGGGACUCACUUCCCUGCUCCUUCAGCCUCUGCUUUCACUUCAAGCUUCUUGCCUUCCGUUUCAGGUUUCUUUCAACCCCCAAGGCCUCAAAGAAACUAUUCGUCGCCAUCCCUGAACCACUUGUACAGUACAAACACAGCUAUCCCUCAAUCCGGGACCUUCAUUCAUCUGAGCGCAAACUCUUCAGCAGCUGUGGGUGGUGCCAGCUACACAAAGACAAAUGCCCAGGUGGCCCUGGCGGAUGCCAAGCUCGGCCCAGAUAGUGCAGGCAAUUCGACUGAGCCACCACUGGCCCCAACAAACCCAUCCAAAAGUCUUGAGGGGAUUUUGCAGCCGUUGAAUCCCGGGGAACCUGUGGAUCCAUUUGCAGAGUUGCUCAAUGCAACACGGCAGGAGGUGGUGCCAUCUCAGACCCGAGUGGAUCAGCUCAGGAAAAAGUGGGAGACCUUCGAAUAAGAACAGGAAGGAAAACAUACACGAGGAAUAAGGAAUUAACAGUAGCCCCUCUUUAUAAUACUGUCUGCAGAAACCAUACAAAAUCACCUUGCAGUGCUGGGUACCUGCCACAGAAGGUGUUUUGUACAGGUUCUGUGCUGCUGAGAAAGCCAUAAGAAAACGCCCGUCAUAUUCAAGAAGGUUAUUAUCACGAGGGACUACUGGACCUGAGCACCUACAACCACAUGUGGGUUAUCCAUGACUUGCACAUACUGUCCUGUUUGGUGAAUAAUUGUGACAUGACACUACUUUCCCUGUAAAGAAACACUCCUGACAUUUUUGACUCCAAUCUGAGUUGCCUCAUUUUCCUUUACGUUGUGCGUCAUCAGCUCUGAAUCAAACCAAAUUUUUUUUUACUGCAUAUUGAUAUAGUUGGGUCGUAUGUCACUGACACAGUCAUUGCUCGUGUACUGAGGCCAGCUGCCCAAUGCUGGUCUGUGAACCUCUCCGUGUUGUUUAAGAUCAAUAGGUAAAUCCUGACAAAUGCUGACACAACAGAUGUUCAUUUUGCUCCAUCCAAAUAAUUGUCUUCGUACUGAAAUGUAGUCUAUUGGUAAUUAUACAAGAUGUCACAAAAUAAGUGGUAUAUUUAUCUGAAUUUUUAUCCAACCAGCUUAUCUUACACUUUCCUGCCAUGGAGUAAAAUCAAUGUCUGGUGAAUGCAAUGUUUAAUUUUUUUAAGCUAAAUCUAGAGUAAAGUGCUGAAUGUUUAUUGUAACUGGGGAUUUUGACCCGAAACAGAAGCAAGGUAAUUCAGUCUGCAGUUAUAUUAUGCAUUUCUCUUGCAGAUCAGUGCUGCUGUGAUAUUUGUCCUAUUAGUAAAAUAUUUAUCCUGGCUUUGCAGUGGAUGACUCGCGUGUCUAGUGACUGUGCCGAGGCUAAUGGAUAAUUUGUGGAAAAGCAAUCCACGUGUCUAUGUAUUAUGUACAACUGCCAGUGUUAUUAAUAGCAACUUUGGCUGACGAGUAUUGCAAUGGUCAACGUGAUGUACCUUGUAGUCCAAAUCUAGCUGUUGUACACUGGGAUGGAAGCAAUGCAGAGCCUUUUCUUAUUGGGUGUCCAAACAAUAGUCCAGUGCCUGCACACAGAGCAACAGAGAAUAGCUGUGUUCUGCUGGUUUAUGUCAUUCUCUUCCCCCCCCCCCCACUUGUUAUCUGUCACUCCCUAAAAAAUAUUAGCACAGCAGUUUUGAGACACUCAGUGAACAUCUCAACAGGUUUCUGAGUGACAAAUGUCACUCAAAUAUCUAAAAUCUAAAAUAUUUAAAUCAGUGCAGUCCUUUAACUGGUUAAUUACUGGGUGUUAAACUAGGCCAGUAACGAUUGGGGGAACAGAAUAGCUAGUUACUGCCUCACACCCUUUGUUUCUAAUCUAAAAUCUAACCUUGGCUUCAUCAUUGACAAUGUCACUUGGCUAAAGUUCCUCAUCACUGUGGUGCCACUAUGGACACCGACCCCUGAUUCCUGACGAUAUAUUUCUAAGUGUUUCCUAAUUCUUAGGUAAUUGGUGUAAUGUGCAUUUCUACUCAGCCCUGAAUUAUUUAUUGGCCAAUGUGAAUCGUAACACAAAUGCCUUUCAGCAAACAUCGCCAUGUUUCUUCCCAAAAUGGGGUGGGUUCUUUCAUAAGAAACCUCCACCUUGGCAGGAAUAGUCUGAGUGAUUUCUGAUGUGGUGUUUAUGGGUGAAAAGGGAUCCAGAGACUCGGCUUGCACUACAGCAGUUCAGAUUGUUGAAUCACAAAUGACCUCUAAUGACCUUUGGCUUAUGUUUUCGGAGAGAUGGAGCACUAGGCUGAGAAUUUCACACGUCCUCAGCACCUCCUGUUAGUUACUUUAAUGUCUUUAAUCAUUAUUCAGAGUGUGGCUGUGUAUGGAUUUGUGGAAGGAAAUCCUCAGUCGCUGACCUUGCCCACGGCCACUGUCUGACACGCGGAGAUCCAUCACUGUGCUUAAGAGGAGUCAAAUGCGUGCCACCUCUACACAGAAAUUCCCCUAUUUCUGGAAUGGAAUGGCUGGAGGGACAUACCCUGCUUACCUAAUUCCGGAGAGUAUUAGGCGCAGGUUGGCUAGAGCCAAGGCUUGGGAGUUCAUGGUUGGAACGGGUGUGUAUUAGGAUUGAAUCAGGACCCAAUUGUAGUUCACCCUGAAGACUAACGCUCUGUUGAGUCUGACAUGGAAAUGAUGGUCUCCCAGAGAUGUGAAGCACCUUUGGAAGAAAUGGACGUGUGAGUGUAUCAGUGAUAACAAAUGAGAAUCACUUUGUUCCCGUUGGCAAUUGUACAAAGAGCUGGUCAGAAUUCUUCCACGUUGUUGAAGCUUGCUGGUGGGUGUGAAUGUGAGCUACUACAGAUCAGCAAGAAUAGUUUGUGAAACUGCGAUGGUUUAUGAUGCUACUUGUCAAAGAAAUUGUUCAUCUUUAUAUUUGCUGGCACAAUACACGAUACAUAUUGGUUAAUCUAUACUGUGGUCUGGCAUAUUGAGUGAGGAGUCAAAGUGAAAAUCUUCCCUGUCAAAGGAAUCUUCACACAAGGCUUUAGUGGAGUGCAACAGAGUUGGGCUUAAGGUAUUAUUUUAGUAUGAAAUGCUUUAAUACAGUACAUGUCUGUUUUGUUGAGGCGUUCCAAUCUAUUCCAAUGGAUUUUGCAUUCCAAAUAAAAGAUUCAGUGCCAUGACCUUGGCUUUAGAGGAUCGAGCUGAAAGGGUCAUUCAGUGCUCAGUGUGUUCUUCUGGAUAAACCCUUAUUCCUUUAACAUUCGCUGUAGUACACACAUUUCUUGGGAACAAGGACUUCCUACUAAACCCGUGCCUAAAACUUGUGGAAUGUACUGUGCUGCGAUGGAUUAAAAAUGGCCUCAGUAAAAUAGUGUUUGUCACUCACCAGCUUUGUUUCCAAAAAACAACCCCUUCUUUCUCUAGUAUUACUGACGGGAAUAAUAGCAGGUCAACAGCAAGUACUGCUGUUUGCUGUCCUCGUACUCAGUGCUUACACCUUACUCAUUUUAACUUGGCCAAAAUAAGCUGCUGCUAAAUGUGUGCACCGAUUACCUGGAGUUAUUUUAAAGAAUAUUUCUCUUACUGCAGUGCUUGAUGAGUACAGCAUUCUGUCCUAUGCAUACACUUCUGUUUUAAAGUAGUAUUAUCAGUGACAUUUAUUGUGAAUGUUUAUUUUCUCUCCCGUAUGGACUAAAGUGUGCAGUCCCAACAUUAUCUUUUUCAUCUUGAAAGGAAUGGUUUAACAAUGGUAAUGAUAGUCAUGAGUUAUUUAGGUCAGUGAUUGUUAACAGUAUGAUUUUGCUUUAUUGAGCUUCGAUCAACAUUGUCUUCAGUCCUAAGAAUGUCCACAGUGAAUUUCGAUUGGCGUCAGUACCAGUUUAUGUUCACCAGUGACAGACGUUACGCAAAGUGUUUGCAACCUGGGUCCCAGUGACAGUUCAGGCUAGGGCGCUGCUGCCAGCAGUUUGUCUCAAGUAUUAUAGAGAAGAUUUAGAAAUGUAGAAUUUUAUACUGGAAACAUUGCUGACAUUUUAUUUAAUUGAUUGCCAAAAAAUUUAUUCCAGGAGGCAUUUCAAAAAAAAUUAUCAACCAAAUAUUAAGUACGAUUCCUUCUAGGAAUGCGAGGUAUAUUUAAGUUUUUUUUCUUGUUUCACAAAAGAAGUGAUGGUUUGACCCACCUGAAUUUAGAUGCCUAUCAAUGGCUGUUUGGCCGGCUUUGUUGAGCGCACGGUGUCUGCUUUUUCUUGUGUCCGUUUUGUUUGGUCCUGAUUGCCUUUGAAUUGAAACGUUUGCAGAAUUGGUUCACUGCGCGCUUUACUACUUGUGUUAAAAAAAAUUGCUUAGCACAGAAACAGCAGGGCUGACAUUCAGUGCAAUUUUUUUUUGUGUGCACUGUUAUUAGUUCAACUCCCACUACUGUGAACAGAUGACUUUUGUAAUUAAGAUGGCAGAUUGGAACUGUAAACUGACACUGAUGCCUUGGGGCUGAAAGUAAUAAACAUAACAAAUCUCCUGUGAA